AUGUCACCGCCUGUAAUACCGACUUUAAAACCGAAAUUUUUUUUUGGCCUUACAACACAUGUAACAGGUAACUGCUUAUUUUUGAAUGAAAACGAAAUCAUCUAUCCAGCGUCCGGUGUUCUCGUAAUUUAUGACAUCGUCAAUCAUAGACAAAAAUAUAUACAUCUGGCCGAGCCACAGAAAAUCAUUACAGCCAUGGCUCUCUGCAUUAACAAGUAGGUACUUAUAUUAUGCAUUAACCUUAGAUAUAGGUAUGUCAUAAUUAGCAGAUUCGAUAAAAGAUUUUAACUAUUAUAUUAUGCAAAUAAUUUAUGUAUCAUUAACCCAUAAAGUAGGUAGGUACAUCAAAUAACCACCGGCCACAAUCACUAUGUAGGUACAUAAAUAAUAAUUGAUAUUACAAUAAAAUUGCAUAUGCCUAUUUAAUUGUUUUAAUCACUAAAGGAGAUUUUAAUUUUUAGUAAAGAUAAGGUUAGAUUAGGUUAGAUUAAGUACCUAUAUACCUACCAAUAUAGAUACCUAAGUAAGUAAUCAUUUUUUUUUUUAAGUUGAAUUAAUUUCAUAAUUAAUUAUGUGAUUUGGAAUCCACUACAAAUUGUGCACUUAAAUCUAAUACAGGGAGCCCUGCAGUGUAAAUCCUUAUACUAAUAACUCUACCAAUAUUCAUAUUUUUUUUGCAAUUGUGGUUUGUGCGAGGGGAACACAUAUAUAAAAAAAAAUUAAGUAAAUUUAUAUUUUCAUCAAUUAAUCACUGAAAAAAAUAAUUAAGUAAAUUUUUAUUUUCACCACUUAAUCACUUAAAAGAAUAAUUAAUUUGAAAAGUGAUAAAAUAAGUUUUUUUUCAGUAAUUAAGUAAUUAUUUGGAAAUUCAGUACUUAUGAAAAUAAGAAUUAAUUUUUCUAUACUUUUGUGUAGGAGGACAGAACCCGCUUGAAACAAAAAAAGAGAUUAUUGACAGGAUUAUUAGCAUAAGAAUAAUACUGUAUGCAAUUCUGUAUACAGAACAUAACAUAAAGACUUGACUAAAAUAACUUUUGUUCAAUAUUUUUAAGUUUUUUUUUUUUUUUUAAUAAUUUCUAAAGCCUUGUGCUAUGAUUACUCAGUUUUAGAUUUGUUUAAAAACUAAAAAUAAAAAAAACUGUUUUACAAAAUUUAAGAUAACUAUUUCAUAAAUGUAAAUUUUAAAACAAAAAUGUUGAUGUAUAAUCAAUAAGUUUCUUCAAGUUUAAAAAAUCAUAAACAAAUUAUUUUUGUAGAAAAAUUGAUGAAUCAAUUGAUAUUAUUUUGUAGUGGCAAUGAAAACAAUUUAAAUUAUCUUUAACUUCAAAAAAAUAAUAUUUAAAUUAGGUGUUAAAAAAAACUUUAUAAAGAUAAAUAUGUUUACCUAUGUCUCGAUAAGCACCCAUUUGUUUUUUAGGAACGUUAUAGCAGUGGCAGAAAAAGGCAAUAAAAAGAAGCCGACAAUCAGUAUUUAUGAUUUAAACCUGAUGGAACGUAUAAAACAGUUAACUGUGCUAACUGAUUUAAAAUCAGAUAAUUUUAUCAAUAUAAAGUUUUCAUUUGAUGACACUUAUUUAGCAGCACUAACUAGUGGGCCAGAUUUCAUGAUGUAUUACUAUAAUUGGGAAAAUUCUAAAAUCGAGAGCUAUGUGAAGGCCACUAAUCCUCCAAAUGCUGAAGGACCCGUAUUAGAUGUAAGAUGUGUCAUACAAUAUUGAGAAUAAAGGUUUAUUUUCUUUGGUUAAAACACUAAAUAAAACUAAUAUUAUUAUUAAAAUAUUAAGUAGGUAUUAAGCUAUAUUAUUUUUUAAACUUCAAAAAAGAACAUUUUUGACAGAUGGCAUUAAAUCCAACUGAUAAUACAAUUUGCUGUUUUGUGGGCAAAAAGCUUUUUCGAUUGGUAACUAUCAGUGAUUCUAUUUGGCGACAGUAUGGUUUCCAAAAAGCUGACAACUUGGAUUUUUCUACUGUAUGCUGGUUAAAUGGUGAUAGGUAUUGCAUGUUUAAAUGUUAUAUUAAAAAUUUCUCAAGUCUUUCCAAUGUUAAUAAAUGCUAUGUCCAAUACUUUUAUGUACCAAAUUAUUACAUUAAUCUGUAUAAACAUUUUAAUUUAAAUUAUUAGACCUAAAACUAUUAAUUACAUAACAUAUCUUAAAGUACUCAUAAUACAUAUAGACAAAUUUAGAAUUUUUUAUGAAAUUAAAAUUAAAGCUCUAUACCUACUUAGGUACUUGAAAAAAAUGAAUAACAUACCAUUUCAUUUUUGGAAAGUCUAUAAAAGUAUUUAUAUUGUUAUAAGUAUUAUAAUAUUGUGUAGGUCGGUAUUAAGAUUAUUAUUUAUUAGUUAAUGAAAAAAAAAAAUGUUCAAGGAUUUUAGCAGGUACUAUGGAUGGUCGUAUUGUGAUAAUAGAAAAUGGAGAACUUAUAGCUGUAUACAAUGCCAAAUCAAUAAUAGAUUUUGAUUUAAAAAUUAGAAUAAAGGCCCCUUUAGAUGUAGUUCCGUUAACAAAAUAUGGCAAUCAACGAAUGGACAUAAGAUGCUGUACGCCGUUGAAAAUAGGUUUAGUAUUUGUUAUUGGUGAUUCCUGUGUUUAUUACUACGAAAAAACAUCUAAUCACAGGUAUGUACAUAGGUAGGUGGAAGCUUCAAAUUUGAAUCUCUAAUGUUAAAUUAAUAGGUAUAAAAAACUAAAAGAAUUCUUGAAACAAGCUGAUCAAAACUUGAAAGCUUUAGACACUGAUAAACCCAUGCAUACUAUAGAAACAUUAUCUAUCAGCCCAAAAAACUUAAAAAUGAUUUGCGUUACAAGAAGAUCUCAAUUAUUUUGGGUACCCUUGACUGAAAUUUCAAAUAAUAUAUCUUUGGUAAGUCUUAGGAAAUAAUGUUAGUGGUAUAUUAAAAUAUAAUAAAAUCUAUUAUUAUUAUUAUUAAGUUUAAGCCCCUCGGUGAAGAUUUGCAUCAUGGUGGAAUUUCUAGCUUGUCAACUUGUAAAUGGAAACCUAUAUUUAUAACAUGUGGCAAAAUUGAUCAUACUAUUCGAGUUUGGAAUUACUUGGACUGUUCAUUAUUACUAUCACAACAAUAUCAAGAAGAUGUGUUUAGUGUUUCUCUGCAUCCUUCUGGAUUAUAUUCGGUAGCUGCAUUUACAGGAAAAGUAGAGUUUCAACUAGUGCACACGGAAGGUUUAAAGGCAUGGAGGGAAUUUUCAGUCACGAGUUGUAAUUUGACUGAAUUUAGCACGUCUGGUCAUAUGUUUGCUUUGGCUAACCAAUUUGACAUUGAUGUUUAUUGUUCAGUUAAAUUUGAGAAAAGAUUUACAUACAAAGGGCAUUCGAACACAGUAAGUGAUGGCUGUAGGAUUUGAUAAAAAUAAAUAUGUAUGUAGGUAAGCAUUUUUGUUACAAAAUAAUUAAUUUUAGAUUACAGCCAUGGUGUGGGCACUGAAUGAUAUGAAAUUAGUCACGUGUGGAGAAGAUGGUGCUAUAUAUGAAUUUAAUACGAGGUCUGGUAAAAGAGACAUGGAUAUCGUACACCCGAAAUUAAUUUACAUGGAUUUGGCUAUUUCAAAUGACACCAAUCAAAUUUUUCCGGCUGCUCAGGAUGGUAGAUUCAGAGAAAUAUACAAUCAAUCGGUUUGAAUAAAUACAUUUUUUUUAAAUUUAACUUUGUAUACUUAGUUAUAUUGACUAUAAUAGUGUUAAAUCACUGUAGUAUCCAAGAUUCAAAUACAAUUAUUGAUUUCUAUACUUACAAUAUGUUGAGACCCAGAUAAACAUUAAACUCAUAAGAUUUUAAAAUACCGCCAUAGCUGUGACGACAUACUCUUCAGGAAUAAACAUAUUCAACUAAAUUAUUUUGUAUCGAUUAAUAUAGUAAUAUAUAUAAUAUAUAUACACAUUCAUCUAAAUGUUCAUCUAUGUUACCACAAUAAAAAUGUUAACUCUAAUAGAUUUACUAAAGUUUGAUGUUUUGUUUUAUUUGCAUUGUAAAUAUAUUUUGGUUAUUGGUAGUUAUACAAAUUCAGAAUUUUAAUUUUUAACACAUUUAAAAUAUUUACAUCGUUAAAAUAAUAUUUAGAAUUUAUGUACCAUAUUACAAUGAAAAUAACUUAAAUAAUUAUGUCAUAUAAAUUAUCUAGGUUAUCCGUGAUAUAGAUUUACACCAAGGACCAUUAGAUGCAAUAACUUUAUCUAGAUCAGAUUUAAUUCUAUUCGUAGCUGGUCAAAACGGUGUUGUAUCAUCUUUAAUGUUGCCUAUCAUGGCUGAAAUUAAGCAUAAAGAGUUCAACAUCCACAACAAGAACAUUACAAAGGUUAAUACUACAUUAAAGCAAUAAUGUUACUUAAAAAACUUAAUUUAAGCAAUAUUUUUCAGAUGAGUAUGUCAAUAGAUGAUUCAAUUUUAAUUACUUGUUCGGUAGAUGGGAGCAUAUGUAUAUGGGAUGUUUUAGAUGCUGAAGGCAAAAAGGUUAUUUUAAAUGAACAGUUUGCUUAUUCUGAUGAUAUCUUAGUAAAUGCUUUGGACUUGAAAAACAAAAUCGAAAACAUAACUGAACUUAGAGUAAGAGUGAAAGAACUGGAAAAGGAAUGCAAGUAUCAGGUUACUGAACUUACAAAGUCUAAAAAACAACAGAUCCAGGAGUUGAAUAAUAAUCAUUCAGUUCUAAUAAAAAUAUUAGAAAACAAAAAUGCAGUAAGACAAUAAUAGUAAUUAGGAAUAUGAGUAUGUUCAAAAAUGUUUCAUAUUAUAUGAACAUUUUAGGAAAUAACUAAAAAACAUAUGGCGGAUAAGAGUCGGUUAGAAAUGGAACUUAACCUUUUAAAGGAUUCCCAUGUACAAGAGUUGGAAGAAUUGGAAAUUAAUUAUAAUCAAAAACUCUUAUUCGAAUAUCAAAAAUAUGACAUACUUACAAAAGAGUUGAUUAAAACUAACUUGGAGUUGGAAAAGUAAUAAAUUAAUUUAUUAUACCUAUUUCAGUAGUUACAAAAAUAAUAGUGGUAUAUAUAUAUAUAUAUUAUCUAAAUUAAAUUAUACUACAAACUGCUUUUUAAUUCCUAUUAUUUAUAUAUAUUAGAGGUUUGAACAAAUCUGAAUCUGAGCAGAAUGAAAAGUUACAAGAAAUAAUUAAUCAGUAUAACAUAAAACUUAAGGAAAAAGAUGAACAUAUUAUUAAAGUAAGUUGUAUACUUAUACGUAUUAUUAUGUAUUGGAUGAAAGAAUAUCAGAAUAUAUACACAAUAAUAUAUAACUUGUUUGCUAUAUUAUAUUUCUAAAUAUGUUAGGGUUGUCAUUUAUUUGAGAGUGAAAAUCAGAAAAUUUUAAUUAAAGGAAAAGUAUACACCAUCAACUCUAAAAUUAAGUAUAAUACGGCUUAUACCUAUUUUGAUAAUUCUAAUUAUUUAUGUACAGUACUCAUUCUUAAUAAAAUUCAAUUUCCCCAGUUCUCCUCUCACUAAUUAAAGGUUCUUAAUUUUCAAUAAGCAUUUAACUCAAAAUACAUAGAUUAUUAUUAUACUUCAUAAUCAGGUAUACAAUUAAAAAAUGAAAGCAUCUAAUCUAAAACACUUUACAAACAUUUAAAAAUAAAUAUAUAUACUUGUUUGUUAUCCCCAACCAGUAUGCUAUAAUAAAUGUAUCGUCCCAUCAAACAAUAUGAAAAUUAAAAAUAUAAAUAAUUACAUUUUAAAUUAUUAUAGUAAAAAUUAAAAAAAAAUUAAAUUGAAUUUAAAAAUAUAAAAAUUGUAAAGAAAUAUUAUUAAAUUAAUUAAAUUGUGUAUUAUUAUAAUAGUAAAAAUAUAUUGUAUGAUAAAGUAAAAAUAGUUUUAAAUUAGGAUGGAGUUGUGAUCCCUUAAUAGACAUCAUAUGACCAUUUUCAUACAUUUCACUAACUUUGACUAUUUCUCUUUUGUACAAAAUUUAAUUUCUCUAUUAUCAUUGAAAACUACCAAGAAUAAAUCAUUAAAAUUAAUUUUAUUGUGUUUCGUUAUUUUUUGCAUAGGUAUAGUAGGUAACGAUAACAAAUGUCAACAAUGUAUUAACGUCUAAUAUGUCAUCUCAUUAUCUACCUAAAAUAGAUCACUUAUCGCAAAAUAAAUAUUAAUAGUUAGGAAAAAAUUCCCAUUUUCAAGGAAUAUAUUUAUUAUUUAUUCCUUUUUUUUUAUAUUAUUUAGCGGAGCAAUACAUUUAUGGCGUACUGCCAGGUUGAUAACAAACAAGUACUCAUUUUUUCUUCUAUAAAAUGUUAGAUUUAUACAAAUGUUUUUCAUUUAAAUUUUAAUUACAUACUGAAGUCUUUUGUUAAAUAAAGUUACCAAUUAUUUAUAACAUUUAUACUUUAUAAGCAGAUAAUUAAAUUCUAGACAAUCCACUCAAAAACAAUUUAUAACAAAUAGUUUUGUACCACAAUUCUUUAAUAUUUAUCAGUAAUCAAAUAUUUAUUUAGUAUUAUAAUUAAUUAGAAUUACUUUAAACAUUAGAACCCUGGAAUAGAUCUUAAAGGUUUUUAAAAAAUGGAUAUUUUUAAAUUUUUUUCCUAUAUUUUAGGGAACCAGUAUUAUUUAAAAUCGCAAUUGUGAUUUGAUGAAAAUUGGGGCAGUAUGUUUAAAAUCAAUAUUCUGCCUUAAUCGGGACAAAUGGCAGCCCUAUUAUAGGUUUUUUUUUUAGAUUAGUUAAAUACUGAAAUUACAGACGCAUACAAUUUAAAAUAACUCAAUAAUAAAAUGAAAAUUAUAAUAUUUUUAUAUAGUUAAAAGAACAAUUAAUUAAAGAUAAACAAAGUAUGACAGCUCUAAUGGAUAAAAUUGAAAAUGACACAGACAAGGAAGUUCUGGAGAAAAAAGCUGAGUUUAUGGCUAAAAUAAGGGAAUUAAAAAAAAUAAAUUUAAAUCUAAGAGGUGAACUUGGAUCAUUUAAAAUGAAAGCUAAAGCGUUGGUAUCUUUGUUUUAUCUAUCCAGAUAAUACAUACUUUAUUUAAAUAUUAUAAUAAAUAAUGACAAUUAUAUUGGUAGGGCUUCAAAAGAAGCAGAGGACUUAAGUCACCUAAUUGAAAAAUAUAAAGAUGAUAUACAGCAAUUAAAAAUUUUAGUUAAGAACGAAGAACGGACCAUUUUGGACCUUAAAAAUCAAAUACAAGUUCGUGAUUAUAAUAUAGAGCAAAAGGAAACCCAAAUUUUUGAAGAGAAACUUAAAAUGAAAGAUUUAGAAAAACAAUUACUACUGAAGACAGAAAAUAUUAGUGAAUUACAACAAAUAGUUGAACCAUUAAUAAUGGAAAUACAAGAUAAAAAAAAAAUAAUUGAAGAUGUAAGUGCCUAUCUUUCCUUAUCUGCAUGGGAAAAUGUACAUAUAUGUACAAUAAAUUAUUCACUCCGAAUAUUUUUUCUUUAACAAUAAUUUAUUUUUGGGUACAGAUAUAAAUUAAAAUCCUUUUUACAUCCUAUCUUUCCAACUUCUCACCCACCACAGUAGCCUACUCACCGUGCGAAGUAUGUCCAUCUUUUUUUUAGUAUGAACUUCUAUAAUUUUUUUUAAUUUUUUUUUUUUUACAAAUAAUUUGAUUGAUCUGUUAAAUAAUUAAAAGAUGGAAUCAGAAAUGGAAAAUAUGACAUCAGUAAAAAAACAAAUGAAAUUGUGUAUAUCGGAACAACAUGACAAGUUAAAAGCAUGUAACCACAAAGUAAAAAAGAAAGAACAAAUUAUCCUAAGUGUUAAUAGAAUUAUAAAAAAAAUUCAAAUUGACAUCCAUUCUAUUAGUGAAUACUAUCAAGAUCCAGUCAAGCUAAAAGAAGUAGUGAAAGUAAGUACACAGCGUAAUUACAAAUUAUGACAUUAAGAUUUAUUUAUAAAAAGUAUUUGCCUUAUUUAAAAAAAAAAAAAAAAAUAUAACUUUAGAGUAAAUAAAAAGUUUUCAGAAAUGGGUUGUACCCAGAACAUUGAGAAUCUAUCCAUUUUAUAAUUAUUAUGCUUGUUCAUUGUAAAUUAUUAUUUGAAAUAUUCAAACCCAAUACCAAUGAAAAAAAUCAGAAAAUUUAAUCUAGAAUUAUUUAUUUAUCUCAACGGUCUAAAAAAUUAAAAUGCUUAAAUGUAAAUGUAUUGAUAUUCAAACAUAAAUUAAUACAUUAAUCUAGAAAUUAUGAGGUAAACAUGGUUCGUUGGAAAAUAAACUAAUAUAUUCAGAUAAAUUUAAUAAUAAAAUACAGUGAAUUCCACUUAAUGUGAUCACUGGUUUAUAAAAUCAACCAUUUAUUGGAAUCAAAAAUGAAAAUCCCAAAUCAAAGUUUAUGUUACUAAUGUUAAAUUAAACUUUUAUUAGAAUCACCAAGUACCGUGUAAUUGAAUCACAUUUAUGAACAUCCUUUUAUCCUUUUAUGGUAUUGUACGUUUUUAUUAUAGUUUUUUUUUUUUUUAUAGCUUCUAACAAAUAACUUUUAUGAUUCAACAAUUACAGUACCUAAAAAUAACAGAAAGAAAAAACAACGUAAAAAUAGAAAUAUAUGUCAUUAAUAUGCAAUUAAAUAUGCUUAGCUAUUAAAUAUUUUAAGUUUAAAUACCAAAUAAUCAUAAUGAAUAAAUAGAAACUUAAUGGUGAUUAAAUUAAUGAAGUAGAGAUAAUUGGGUUAUGGAAUUUGUUAUUUGUGCAUUUUGGCUGUAAGGAGAGAAGAGAGGAUUUAUUAGUGCGGAAAGUUCUGAAAUAAAUUUGGAAACUAUAGUUAAUAGCGUUAUUGGAUAAUAGGAUAUUUGAAUCGGCGAUAGAGACGUAAGAAGUUUUUGAAGAAUGAAAAGAUGAUUUGAGAAUGGAUGACGUACAUACUGUGUUCGGAUUUUAACAAAUUGAGUAGGUUGUUAAGCGACAUUUGAAAAGUGCUUUAUAUUUUGGGCAUCCUUUGUAGUUGAAAGUAUGAUCACCCGUGCAAAGGGCGCACUUGGCUGGACUGUUAUAACUUGGACUUGGUGCAAAUAUCUGAGUUAUCUACCCCACAUUUAACAAAGUGUGAAGGAUGAUCGCAAUAGUUAGCAGUAUGUACGUAGAUCUAACAGUUUCGACACUGGAGAGGACUAUUUUUAGUCCUGUAGGUUAAUUCAACUUUAAUUUUGGCGUAAACAUUAAUGACAGAUUUAAAAUGUCUUUAUUGUUUGUAUUAGGUAUGAGGUUCACGAAAAACAGUGGAAGCGGGCGUCCAUUUUUAAUGACGUUCACGACUCGACCGGUGGAGUAACUUAAUUCACGGAGAGCAUCAGAUAUAUCUAAGGUAAGGGUCGAGUGGUGAAGAUUUCUUAUAUCAAUCUUGUAGGGUCGAUAUAUUGGUGACAUGAAAGUAUGAAAAGAGGCGUCAGUGGCCAAAAGAUGUUUUGCAUAAUUAAAUUAUACAUUAGACGUCCAUGAGGGCGGGCAAUCAAAUAAGAAAGCGACGACUUACAAAAGAACUAGUUAGUUUCAGUGAGUUGUUUUAGGUGUUUUUGAGAGCGGAGAAAUUAAUGUUUUGGACAUAAAUUGAUGGAGCCCUGAUAUUGGUAUGUUGAGGGGAAACAAUAGUUUCGUCGAUUGCGUUAGAAACAUCACCAGAUGUCGAGUUCGAUUUCGUUGUCCUGCUUGGACGCCAGAACGGCGAAACGGUUUGGUGAAAUAUAUGUUUUUUGUCAUUUUAACUGUUUAUUAGUUAUAUGUAUUUUUUACUGUAUGUUCCAAAAGUUAUAGGUACAAUAUUCGUAAUUAUUAUGUAUUUAAUUUUAAUUUAAGAUGGAUUUACAUUUCGGGCUAAUAUGAAAAUGAAAUACAUAAAUUCUCAAGUAGAAUCGAAAAUAGAUACCAAGCAUCUUUAUUUUAUUUUAAAUUUAUUUAUUUUAUGUCAAGUUUACAUAUAAAUAUAGAAUCAUAAAAAAAAAUUGUUUUAUGGAAUCAACCGGUUAAUAGAAUCAAAAUGAUCUGAACCAAUGUGAUCACAUGAAGCGGAACUCACUAUAUUUAGUUUAGUGUUAAAAUAAAAUUACUACUUAUCACAAAUACUGAAGAAAUAAAAAAAAACUAAAUUGUUCUUUAUAAAUUUGUAUUUUCUUUAACUCGACAAAUAAUAUUAGAUUCUUAGUAAUUAAUUUGAAACUAUUAUUAUCUGAAUCACACAUUUUUUUUCUAGUAUAUUUGUAUUUGUAUUAUUAUUAUUGUUUAUUUCCUCAAAAAAAAUAAUAGCCCGGUCCCACUGAACAGGUUCGUAUGAGAGUAAAGGGUAUAUAGUUCAAAAAUUGAGUAAUAAUGAUUAAUUUUAAUCAUUUUACUGUAGAACUAAAAUUGAUUUUAAACUAAUUUAUACAAUAUUGAUAGUAUUGCUCAUAAAAUCACUUUUUGGGGAAAUAUAUCAAUGAAUUAAAUACGUUUAAGUAAAUAUUGUUCCCCAAAGUAGGCUUGAGAAAAAAAAACAGCUUUUCAGAUACUGAUUAUAGGAAUGAAAGAAAUAUAAUCUUGAAAACUAUUAGAACAUUUUUUUUUAGGAAUUAUUUAUUAAAUAUGGCACCGAAGAAGCAUUUGAAGAAUCCAAAAAUGAGGAACUGGAUGUCAGAGUAGAGUUUACUAGGCAACGGCAAAUUUUAGAACAGUCAAUCAUCAAUUUAAAAAAACGCAUAAAGGCAUGCAUACAAAAAAACGAUUCUUAUAGUAAAAUCAUGGAGGAGAAUAUGGUUCUUAUAAAGGAAAUUGAUAAAUUAAGACAGGAACUUAAAAUGAAAUAUAAAACACGCGAGAACUUUAAAAUCAAAAAAAGUAAAUGCAAUGCUACUAAACAAGUUAAAUGCAAUCAAGAGUCAGAAGCAAGUAUUGAUGCUGUUGAAAAACAAUAUAAAAAACAUAUUAUGGUUGGUUUAAUGACAAUUUGA